AUGCCCCAAGGUCCCUCCUUGCAUUCAAAAUUCCAAAUGUCUUCAAAUGCACCCAUAGAAACCAGUUUCCAAAUGCCUCAAGAGCCUGCAAAGAAUUUUCCUUUCCAAGAGUGUCAGUGUCCCCUAGUGACCCCAAGAAGUCCAAUGCAAUCAAGUCUUUCAGUCCUUAAAAGGGACUUAGGUCAGCAAGAGUCCCAAAGUCCAUCAAGACAAUCAAGUAUACAAAUACCUAUGGUGCUGUCUGCUGAAUAUGGUGACCGACAAACCAGCCCCUUGGCUCCAAAGAAGCAUCGGAAAGCACGCACUGUAUACUCCCCAAAACAAAAACGCCUGUUGCAAAACCAUUUUCAUCACUGUGCCACACACCCAAAACGGGAGCAACGCAUGGCGCUGGCAUUAUUGGUUGGUGUGACAGCGAAUGAGAUCCAGAUCUGGUUCAAGAACUACCGGGCUAUGUUAAAGAGGAAGAAUCUCCAGAAUGUCCCAGCAGCAUUGCCAGAGAGCAAUGGAAGCUCUGAAGUUGUUUCUGAGGCAACCCAUUUUCCUGAUUCUUUAUCUGUUGUUGCUUCUGCCAAUAGACAGUCCAUGUGUUCACGCACAUUUGGUGAGGAUUCCAUUCCCAAACUCAACGGCAGCCAGGAAUCUUUUCUCCAUCAUGACCAGGCUUGUGAUGGUUCCAGGUUUAGUCAGCAAGAAUAUCUGCCUGUUAUAGCUGGGGACUCUGGUCCAUCCACAGCAGUUGACGUCCAGACCUACCUAGCAGUAGCCGAAGCUCCAGUUGGCCUGGCAGCUGCUGCCCAAGUCACAGAGGAUGCUCAGAGUCCAGGUCCAUCUGCAGAGGAGCUCUGGCAAAGGAUCCUUGAUGAUUUUGAUAAUUCAGAUGACUGGCUUAGUUUUUCAUACCUUCAAGACUGA